AUGCUGGAUAAACUGAAGCCGCCCAAGCUCGAGAUCGAAGACAUCUGCAUUCCGGAAUCCGAUCCUCUUUACCACAAUGCCGUUCGGUGCGUUCAAGCGUACUGGAAGCAAUUGGCCAGUAUGAACGAAGGCCAACGUCAAAAAUAUCUCUGGUAUUUGCAGAAGACGCACAUCAAACAUUUCGUUACAAAGCCUUUUGAUUGCCAUGGAGGAACCAUCACGGCACACAGUCUGUAUCAGCGUGCUCGCGACGACGCGGGCAACUUUGUCAGGCUUUCAUGGCCCGCAUACCUGCUUCUCUCUUCUUUGUAUGGAGAUGUACCGAAGCGAUACAAAGAAGCCAUAGAGAAGAAAUAUGGCACCUCAGUCAUCGAGGAUCAUGCUACCAUCUACAGACACUUUUACCCAGCUCCGACAUGCACGAUGGAAAAGAGUGCUAUGGAAUCUACAACCGUUCAAGCGCCAGAAGAUGCUAUUACGCGAGAAACUCCCAGAGAGCUAACCCCAUUGGACACACACAAGAGUGUGAAAAACGAAGAUGACAUUCACGCCGAAAAUCGCGACCCUUCAUCCGUGGCUUCAGAAACAGCCUCCUCCGGUGGUCCCUGGAACAUCGACAAUGUCAUUGAAGACUUAGGGGCACCAAAGACGAAGCGAUCAUCUACAGCUCUGGAAAGCCCCCAGAAACGAAUCAAGCUGAGCGACCAUGCUAUACUGAGCCACCUCAACCAACACACUGAAGCCAUCCAGAAGAUUGUGUACGAGGCACAGCUGGAACAGCGCUCAAAGCUUCAAGAAGUCCACCACGACGUGGAAAAGGGCGUACAAGUUCUUAAUGGCAUGCAGGAUGACUUACGGCAGUUCAUGUCAGCGGUUGCGUCAGCGUUGAAGGAUAUCCGAGAGCAUUUGAAUGAGUGA